AUGUGUUCGCCAUUCGUCUCUGCCUCCGCUUUCUCCUCCAGCUCGUCAUAUACGGCCGUAGGAUCGCGUUCUUCACCGCAACAGACCGUCGAUACCUCGUUUGCGAAGCAGGAUCCUAUGCAAAUCAGCCCCGUCUCUCCCCUCCGUCAACAGCUGUCCUCUCCCCAAGACGUCGGCUCCAGCCGGCUCAAACGUCGGGCCUCGCAAGGCUCCAUCCUGACCAAACCUUCCCCCGUCUCCCGCUUCCUCUCCAGAAGUAACGCUUCGCUCCACCUAUCCUCCCUUGAAUCGAAGUCGUCUGGUCGAAUCGAAUCCCGCACCCAUUCGGCCGACUCUCGCCUCCGUCUCUCCACCCGAUCCCCCGCGUCGAGCUCGCUGGCGACUCGAGCGUCCGAGUCGACCUCCCCGUGGGAUUCGAAAGGAGACUACCCCGCGACUCUUCCCCCGACCCCGCCGGACGACGACGAGCACGUUGCCUGGAGUCCUCAAUCCGGAAUGUUGCUCUUUGAACCCUCGAUGAACCGCCAUCCGGGCCCCGUCCCCAUGGAUGAGGGUCCCAAUAUGGAAAAUGCCCCGCGGAACCCUCAUUCAGAUGGUCUGAACAGCCCGUCCGAUCAGUUAUCCAAUGUGUCUCCUUCCACCUCUGGAGGUAGUCCCGGGUCAUCCGGGGACAUGGACUGCGACGAUAACUCGUGGUUGGAGAAUGCCACAGAGUCGACUGUCUCAUCACUAUCCCUCUCAAACUCCCGCGGAGAGGCCGUCAAGGUAGUGUCUCAGAUGCUGCCCUAUCCGCGCCCCGCAGACAAAACUGUCGCAGUGCCGCCGAACGAGGACGUCUUCGGUGCUCUUCUCCAUGCCGUGCAACAUCACUUUCAAAAUGGACACCCCCCUUACAUCAACAUCACCCAUGCCGUCCCCGAACAGUUCAGCUUGUCGAAUCUUCCUUCCUCACCCCCCAAUACCCCGCGUUCUCCCUUCUCGGCCGACGAUUAUUUCAGCUCGGGUGUCUUCUCCAGUGCUGCCGUGGUCUCGGCGUAUCACGAUUUCCGUGGCCCCAUCCAGGCCAAGGCAUCGCACUUCCCGAUGCCCAUCGUUCCUCCCUUCAGCGUACAUAUCUCAGUCCUUGAACGAUAUCUCCCGCCCUCUUCGGCCCAGGAAUACAAGGACCUUUUCUGCCCGUCGCGCCCGUCGUUCCUGGUGGAUCGGCUCUGCGAGCUCUCCCCGGAUGGCGGGUCUCUGUUGUUCGUCUACCCAACCCGCCGGGGAGCGUCCACCUUCAAGUCACAAUACCUCGGACCCAUCCUUGAUCCGUUGUUGCGGCAACUCGUGGUGGUGAACGAACUGUCCGCCGACAUUGGUCGGUAUCUGGGCAAGCUUUCCUCGGUCGCCCAUAUGGAGGAUUUCGAUACCAUGCGCGACAAUCUGAUGCAUCUGUGUGACUCGCUGAGCUCGUCCUCAUCCCGCUUCAGCGUGGUGGAUGCUCGCAAAGGUAAUGUGCACCUCGAUCGUCAGGUGUGGACCGAGUGGUACAUCCACCAGGAGAAGUCCCGCAUGAAGGAGGUGCUCAGCGUGUACUGGCAGAAUGGCCGUCGACUGCCCGCGAACAAGCGGAUGUCGAGCGUCUCCUCCAAUUAUCUCCUUGAAGACAAGGAGGUGACGUCGGCGAUGCUUCUCGGGGACAUCCUGGAUGGCAUUCGGCGUCGGCCGUAUGGUGAGGAGAUGGAGCCUCGUGAUGGAGUCGAAUUGGGCGUGUUUGUGAUCCGCCGAUCGCAUUAA